AUGUCAAACUUUGUUUCGUCUCCAAGGAGUAUUCCGUCGGAUGCUGCUCAACUUCUCGAUUCUUCCCGUAUAUCUUCGUCUCUUGGACGAUCGGCAAACUCGCCUCUGAGUAGCCAGCCCAAUAUCAAUUUUAGUGAUGCUCUGCAAAGUCAAGGUGCAAGGGAGCGUGAUGUUAGAAUGCCCGCUUCAAUAAGGAGUGCUGUGGAAGUGCCUAAGGUGGUGGAUGUUACUGGUGAAAAAGUAAGAGAAUCCUUUGAACAAUUCAUUGAAGAAUUUGUCGACGAAAGUUCAGCCGAUGAUGAAUGGCUGGGCAAAAUUUAUUUGGCUCAGAUUGAAAGUAUGCGUGUUUUUGAGUACAGCACCUUGUAUGUGGAUUACCAGCACUUAGUUGGAAGAGAGAAUGGUGUUUUGGCUACAGCUAUAUUGGAACAGUAUUAUCGUUUCAAUCCUUUUCUAUUGAAAGGUUUACACAGAUUAUUAAAGAAGUAUGCGCCAUCGUUACUAUACAUGAACCUAUUAGGAAAUACUGGAGAAGAUGGUAAACAGGCCCACGAUAACUCGUCGUCUACUUCUUCUGGUUCUACGGUCAAUGAGAGAGUAAUUCAGAUUUCGUUUUUCAAUUUGCCAGUGACCCAUAGAAUCCGUGACAUUCGUACGGACAAGAUUGGCUCUUUGAUGGCGAUUUCUGGUACUGUAACCAGAACUUCAGAGGUCAGACCAGAAUUGUACAAGGCCUCAUUCACUUGUGACAUGUGUUCCGCUGUGGUCGAUGGUAUUGAACAGGUUUUCAAAUACACCGAACCCACAGCUUGUCCUUCAUGUCCUAACCAAUCAUACUGGACCUUGAAUGUCGCUAAAUCCCAAUUUAUUGAUUGGCAAAAAGUUCGUAUCCAAGAGAAUUCUAAUGAAAUCCCAACUGGAUCCAUGCCACGGACUUUGGAUGUUAUAUUGCGUGGCGAAGCAGUGGAAAGAGCAAAUCCUGGUGAUAAAUGCAAAUUUACUGGUACUGAAAUAGUUAUUCCUGAUGUUUCUCAGUUAGGAUUGCCUGGAAUUAAGGCGCAAUCUAUAAAAGAAAGUGCUGGGAAUGCAUCCGGUUUAAACUCUGGUGUUUCUGGGUUGAAGUCUUUGGGAGUGAGGGACCUCACUUAUAAGCUUGCGUUCUUUGCAUGCCAUGUUAGCUCGCUUAUUCUGAAAGCAUCGGGAGGUGAAAGUGGAGAAAGAGAAGUCGAAUUUCAAGGUCCAAAUGACCAAGAAGCGCUUUUGAAUUCCUUAUCCGAUUCUGAAGUUUCUCAGCUCAAGGAAAUGGUGAAAGAUGAGCAUGUUUACGACAAAUUGGUACGUUCUGUUUCUCCAGCUGUGUUUGGACAUGAGACCAUCAAGAAGGGAAUUUUGCUUCAAUUGUUGGGAGGUGUACAUAAACAGACAGUCGAUGGUAUCAACUUGAGAGGUGACAUCAACAUCUGUGUUGUGGGAGAUCCCUCCACAUCUAAAUCUCAGUUUUUGAAGUACGUUUGCAACUUUUCCCCUCGUGCCGUUUACACAUCUGGUAAAGCAUCUUCAGCUGCCGGUUUAACUGCCGCUGUCGUUAAAGACGAAGAAACCGGUGAAUACACUAUCGAAGCAGGUGCGUUGAUGUUGGCAGAUAAUGGUAUUUGUGCGAUUGACGAGUUUGACAAAAUGGACAUCACCGACCAAGUGGCCAUUCAUGAAGCAAUGGAACAGCAAACCAUUUCCAUUGCAAAAGCUGGUAUUCAUGCCACUUUAAAUGCCCGUACGUCUAUCUUGGCAGCCGCUAAUCCAAUUGGUGGUAGGUACAAUCGAAAAAUGGGAUUGCGUGCUAACUUAAACAUGACUGCGCCAAUCAUGUCGAGAUUCGACCUAUUUUUCGUUGUAUUAGACGACUGUAAUGAGAAAAUUGACACUCAAUUGGCAUCUCACAUUGUGGAUUUACAUAUGUUGCGUGACGAAGCGAUUGAUCCACCUUAUACUGCCGAACAGUUAUCGAGGUAUAUUAAGUAUGCCAAAACAUUCAAGCCUAAGAUGACCAAGGAUGCUAGGGAUUUUUUGGUGGCCAAGUACCAGGAACUUAGAAGUGAUGAUGCGCAGGGCCUCGGUAGAUCCUCGUACCGGAUUACUGUGAGACAAUUGGAGUCGAUGAUUAGAUUAUCUGAGGCUAUCGCCCGGGCGAAUUGUACAGAAGAGAUUACUCCUACCUUUGUUUCUGAGGCGUAUGACUUAUUACGUCUGUCUAUCAUAAGAGUGGAAAUGGAUGAUAUUCAGAUUGACGAUGAAAUUGAUGAUGUUGCCAUGCACGAUGACGAUGAUGAGGGAGGCGAAGAUAAUGAAGAUGCCGGUCGCCCUGAGCUGAACUAUAACGCCCCUGAUUACUCAGGAAGAACUCAAGCUAGAAGAGCACCAAAGGCCACUAUAAACUAUGACAAGUAUGUGGCCAUGAUGAACCUCAUUGUGAAAAAAAUCUCCGAUGAUGAUUCGCUUGGUGGUGAGGGACUAACGAAGGAUGAAAUCGUGGAUUGGUAUCUUCAUCAAAAGGAAGAUGAUUUAGAAACGGAACAGGACUAUCAUAAUGAGAGAGCUCUAGCGUACAAGGUAUUAAAACGGUUGGAAAAGGAUAGAAUUUUGAUGUCGGUAACGCAAAACAUCAAUGAUGAUGUUCUUCCCGGGGAUGAAUAUGAUCGGGCACAACAGGCUAGUCGAACCGUCUACAUCAUUCAUCCAAACUGUGCGAUUUUGGACUUCUUCGAUAACCAAACCACCGAAAGGGACAAUGAUGUUGGCGAAGAAUAA